CCUAGCAGACGAUUGACUCCUCGGUGCAUACAUUAAAUUAGUAGACUCUCUACGAAAUGCAACAAAAUGAGAGUCGUCACUGCCAAAGGUGUGAUUUCUCAAAUAGGCAAUAACGAUCUGCCUAUUUUAAAGGCUGAAGAAAUUGAAAAUGUAGUCAAGGUUUCUACAAAAAGGAAAAUUCAAGCAUUGGAAAGCAAGUGGAAUGAAGUCCAAUCUUCACUGAAUUGUGCAGCUCUACUUAAUACCCCAGAUAUGAAAAAACAAUGUCACCAAAGACUUUCUGUCUUAGCUACUCCAAAUUUAUGUUGUAGGAAAGUUUCUUCAACACAAAAACUCGCAAAUAAUCACAUUUUGGAAUGUGACUCUUUCAUGAAGCAAUUUACACCCCUGAUGAAUCUCAGUUUCAGUCAGCCAAAUACCCCUCAUCAAAUGCCUGAUUAUUUUUCAUCUGACUGUAAAUGUAGAAGCAUUUUUGAUCCUGCUGAAGAGGUGCUUUUCUUGUCAAACAGUCGAAAGGCAUGGGAUAAUUCCCAAGUUCCUGACAUCCUUGAAAUGAUAGAUGAUGAAAGUAAAUCGGUCCAAAUGGUAGAACAGCACAUAAAGAAGGAAACUGAAAUAGAAGUCACAGAUGACAAUGUUACAGAUGUUAUUCUUGAUCUGUCUGUUUCACUGUGCAGCAAUGAAAACCAAGAAAUAAUGUUUGAAAGAUUCAAACCCAUCAAAAGAAGUCAAGGAAAACAUUGUAAAGUUUUAACUGCAUCCGAUGAAAGGGCCAUUAAUAAGCACAAUGAGAGAAAGAGAAGGGAGAGAUUUAAACAAAAUCAUAAUCCACAACCUAGGAGACAGUGCCUAAUGCAAAGAGUGCCAAGGGCAGUUGCAUGUCAAAAUCUAUUGCCCCUCGGGGCUACAUGCCCAAGCAUGAAACUCCAAGGAAGAGAAAUGAAAUUGAAAAAACCAGUUGUUUUGCUUCAACGUUUGAGCAUGUGAAAUUUUCGUGGAGUUUGAAGGACAGACUUUGAAAUAUUGUCAAAUAUGUGUGUUUUUUUAAUGCUUGCAGAUUCUAGAUAAAAAUCAAAAUAUAAACUGUUAUUUCACCUGUUCAACUACAGAUUAUUGUCUCUUGAAAUUAUACUGGGUAUAUAAACAAGGAGUUGCAACAGAAUGUUGAAACAUCUGUUAUAACUCCUUGGUAUAAACA